CAAUAAUAAACCUUGAUCAAUUCCAGCGAAGCAACACAAGAUACAGUCACAGAUCAUGCUAUAAGUCCGCGCGCGGGGAAGUCUACCCAAGGUAACGCAGAUCAGAUUCCCUCUCUCAUCGCCAACCUAUCAAUAUCAAUCAACUAAUAAUAUAUCACUAGAUAAAUCCAUCCCCCGCCAUGGAGCAAGCGACAUUGAAUGACAUUCAAAAAUCCAUCUGGGAAGGCCAGUUACCUUUGCAAAUCAGCCUUGCUCCAUCCGAGAGCCGCACCUACGACCAGACAGACCCAUAUCUUAUUUCCUGUCCUCGAGUCUCUUAUCUCCCCGCGUUACUCCCCAGGCUCAGGGCUUUCUUCUCUUCGUCGCUCAUCGACCCGUCCGCUGCUUCGCCCCACGACGGCUGGUUCUCGUUCGAGGGCGUACCGCUGAAAUGGCACUAUCCUAUCGGGCUACUCUAUGACCUCUACGCGGGGGCGGACCCCGCAACGAAAUCCCACGACCUGGAUGCCUCCACGGCCGGAGACCACCUCCCCUGGCGUCUGGUCGUCCAUUUCAGCGACUGGCCCGAUGACGAGCUAGUCCGUCUCGAUGCCCACGGCAUGGUGAUGAACGAUGCCUUCAUUAACAGCGUGAAAGAGGCUGAUUUCCUCCGCAACGGAACCGCAAAGGGGAUCAUGUCUUUAUCAAAGGAGGACUCUUCGGGACUAUGGAAGGCCGUCCAAGAUGUCGAUCUCUCCUCCUUUCAACGAAUCUCAAACAUCCUCCUCCCCCCCCCCUCCCAGCCCUUCCGCAAUUUCCCUAUCCGUCUGUUCCUCCCCCUCCCCCCUAAAUCUGGUUCCGACAACCCAGCCCUCAAGGUCGUGCAAUCCCCCGUCCCACCAACAAUCACCCAGUCUAGUCUUGCCGCCGGACAAUCCCUGCUGCUGUCCUCUCGUGCCGGCCUGCCUGGAGCAGGUAGCGUAGCUGGUACCACCACGCAGACCCAAACACAGACUAUCGGCUCGGCUCUCCACUCUCUUCUCCCGAAUUUAUUCCCUAGUCGGAGGACGCCGGUUCUGGCAAAGCCGGUGCUGCAUGGCGCGGCGGUGCCGAUGUCUGCGCCGGUUGAGGAGGUAGUGCGGUGUUCCGCGUAUGGGGAUGGGUGGGUGUACAUUGUGAUUCGGAUGAUGGGGUGAUUAUUAUUAUUAUUUUUUUUCAAUCACUUAGAUCAUGAAUUGAGAUAAAC